AAGUGGCCUGUGGAAGAUAAAAUGAGAGAGAAGAUGAAAAGAGAGAAACUUUUUUUUUGUAGUUUCGUUGUAAAGGAUUCACUGGAUUCAUUUUAACUUUAAGUUUUCUGUGUGAAAGUUAAUUUUAAAUUGUGUCAACCAUUUGUUGGAGUUAAUUGUCGUGUACAUAAUCAGUAGAACAUUUUAAUUAGCCAAAAUGAUUAAACAAAUUGUAAUUAAGACUCUACUGGUUUCUUUGUUACUGAUUGACUUAACAAAGACAAAUCCAGUUCCUGAGGAUCCUUCAGUUGAUUGGUCAACCCGAAUCUCUGAUAAUAUCGAAUCAAUAAUAAACAUCAAUGGACCAACUAAAUUUAAUUUCGAUGAUUCUUCAGAAGAAAUUGAUUCUUCAUUCUCGAAACGUGAAGCAUCUCCUGUUUCCGGUCCUUUGGAUGCCCCAUUGGGUUGGGGAGCUCGUAUUGAAUCAUCAGCAUCAGCGGUCGAUGUUGCACCAGCACCAUCAUCAUCAUCAUCGCCUGGAACCGGAGCCAUUGCUGCUGGAGGCGGAGGAGGAAGUGUAGGUGGAGUUGGAGGUGAUAAUAAACAGAAAGUUGAUUGGGCUUUGAAUCCAAAUGGUGACAAUAAAAAAUUGUAUUCUUCUAAUGACACUCCUGAUGUAAUUGAACAGAAAAAGGAGGAAACUCUUCCAUUGGCACCAGAAUCACCCAAACAAUCAGAUGAGUCCAAUCCUGAUCCAUAUAAGAACAUUUUACCUGCAGUGUUGACAGGAAAACGACGACUUGGUGAAGGUGAUAAACCAGUCCAAUCGUCAUCAUCAUCAUCAUCAUCUUCUUCUUCUUCUUCUUCAUCUUCUUCAUCCAGUGAUUCCAAUGGUGGUGAUGUUUCACCAACAGUUUCCGAUUCAAAGGAAAAAGUUUCACCUUCAGUUUUUUCAUUGGUAGAUAACAAGGGUCACUCAGUUGGUCAAGUUUACCCUUACGAUAAGCCCGUUGACCUUAAACCAAAUGAUGGUAAAUCAGUUCCACAACAUGUUUACACAGAAGAUCAAUUUCCCUCUGUGAUCACAAUUAAGGGUCGAGAGUAUCUUGUCAUUCCCCAUAAAAGUAACACAGUCCGACCUUUGGCCACUCAAACUUUACCAGGGUCAUCGUCAUGGUUUUCAGAACCAGUUUCUAUUCAAAGUGGUCAAUUUAGUUCACCAUUUUUCCAGCCCAGUUCAUCAGCUUACCAACCCAUUCAAGUUGGACAUGGAUCUAAGUCAAAUCAAUCGUCACCACCAGCAUCAGUCCCUUCAACUGUAGCCGAGGUUCCCAGCGGUGGACACCAAAAAUUUGUCGCAUCUUUUACUGGCGGGAAUUAUCCUGGUCAAUCAUAUGAAUUUGGUCAUCCAUCAUUCCCACAACAUCCAGGGUCAUCAAGUUUCACUUGGAAAAGUCGAUAUCCAAUUUAUCAUUCUUCCGUUUUUACCAAUCCAAAUGUUCAACAACAACAACAACAACAACCUCAGCAACAAUUAUCGUCACCUUCAGUUGGACAAAUUUCACCAAACUCAAUUCCAAGCGUUUUCUCGAGUUUCUUUCCCCACUAUGGUCAAUAUCCAUCAUCUUCCUCUCAACCAGUGAACAAAAAUUUCCAAUUUUUCACUCCACCUUCUCACACAGUUUCCAUUUCCUCAGUUGGUGGCCCAUCAGCCCCUCAGGGUGACAAAGUAGUCGUAUCAUCAUCUCCCUCUUUUAUUUCAACCUCAGGAUCUUCCGUUGCUGCCUCACCUCAAGGUGAAAUCAAAGGUAAUCCAACCUUUGUUUCCGAUCCAUCAUUUUCACCUAAGCUACAAGAAUCUGUUCAAUCAUCUUCAUCAAUCGUUGGAGGAGGUGGAGGAGGAAGUGGUGUCACCGGAUCCGCUCAGCAAGAGUCUUUUGUUACCAAACCACUUAAACCAGAAUCCAAUCUUCAUGCACCACCACAAAUCCCAACUUGGAGUCUUGGUUUCUCGGUGGUUGCUGGAAGUUAUCCCGUUCAAUCAUCUUCCCCAUCGGUCUCUGGAUCUCUACCAUCAUCAUCAUCAUCAUCAGCAUCUCAUUCAUCUUCAUCUUCAACCUCUUCCACAAAGACUCACGUCGAGUCACCAGCCACCGUAACUGUGGACACUAAAUUUCCUCACCAAUCAUUUUCACCUUCUUCAGGUAACAAUGGAGUCAAAGGGGGUUCAUCUUCACCCUCAUCUUCCGAAUCAUUAUCUCCAUCAGUUACAAUUGGAUCUUUCAAUGUAGACUCAGCAGCAGAUCAAACUGUCGCAAAGGGUCAACCUCAACCUCAACCCCAACAGCAAUACCAACAACAAGGUGGUGUUGCCGGUGAAACCCUUGUGCCAACAACAACAUACGAUGCUAAGAAUCAAUUUAUAUCAAAUACUCCCUUCUUAUCAUCAUCAGGAUAUUUUGUAUCAUCUCCAUCAGUUAAUCAAGUUUCUUCAACCUCUGGUUAUUCAACUUCCUCUUCUUCCGUUUCAUCAUCUUCAUCACCUCAAUCUCCAUCCUCACCUGGUUCACCAUUUAUCCCACAAUUAGAAUUCACUGAUCAACGACAAUUUUUCGCUCCACCCUGGCAAUCAUCAGGCUACAAUUAUCCACUUCCAGCCUCAUCACCAUCACCUUAUUAUGAUCCCGUUAAUCCAGUAACACCUUCUUGGGAUUAUCCUUUUUAUCAUCAUCACCGAGAAGCCUUUUACAGCCAGAAAACCUUAAAUCAACCAGAAUUUGAUCUUAAUCAUAUUCCUCAGCAAAGAUUUUAAGAUGAUCACCUUUUGCUACAAUUAAAUAGACUGUUAAACACCAGGAUGAUUAAUGACAAUCAACAAAACGUAACAAAGACAAUUAAACGGCAUUGGUUAUGAUUAACAAUAAGCUUGAUUUGUUUUUCAUCAGUUAAUCAGAAACUAAAUCACCAAGAUUAAUGAUCAAUCAUUGAAAUCUCAAAACUUUUUCAAUACCUUUUUUUUAAAGUAACAAUUUAAAUCUAAUAAUUGUAAUCCAGUGAUCAACAAUUAAACAAAAAUCACUGUAGA